AUGUCUAGGCUUGCAUUUCGCCAGUGUGAUGCAUGUAAAGAAGCGUGGCCUUCUUUGCGGUUGCACCAGAGCAGUCGGCAGUGUUAUCGUUGCCACCGAGACAGAGAGACACCUAAACUGUUUUCACGUGAAAAUGAAAUGGUUCCCGAUGCCGUUCCCGGUUGUCUUCUCUCGUCGACCGUAGUCGAAGAGCUGCUUAUUGCUCGAGUAAUGCCUAUGAUGAACAUGUAUAUUCUCCGGGGAGGUCGGCUUGGUUACAGCGGACAUGUCAUCAACAUGGCUCAAGACGUCCAAUCGAUAGUAACUACUUUACCUCGCCUUGCUUCUUCAAUAAGUGUUGUUGUCGUACGACGUCGUUUUAGUACGGGUUCUCACAGAGACUUUCGCGUCAAACGCGAAAAGGUGUGGAGAGCUUUGUCUUGCCUACCCGAAGACGGUGAACUGGCCGGUCUGCGUGUGAUUGAAGAUGACAGUUUGUUUUCUGCUACAUCUACAGAUAAUCAGACUAUAGUUGGAAGUGAAAGCGAAGAAGAUUUCGAACUACCCACUUACCGCACUGUACUUCCGGCGGCAAGAAUUCAGCGUUCAGAGAAAAAUGCUAUCAGCAGGGCAGUCGAGUUACGUGGCAGUAAAGGUAGCCAGAAAGCCAACGAUGUUCAUCUCGCCAACUUGACUUGUGUCGAUUGGCCCGACAUUUCUAGAGAUCCAGUCGAUGAGUUCGAGUCCGAAGGCUACUUUACUCGUGCUUUUCCGACGCUCUUUCCGACCGGCGUGGGAGAAUUUCUUGCUCCACGUCAACGAAGUGUAAGACUGGGCCAGUACUUCAAGCACUCGAUGCGACACUACGAUGGUCGGUUCGCACGACAUCCUCGAUUUCGAUAUUUUGCAUUGAAUACGAUGAUGCGGUGGAGAGCGCUCGAAACUGGUCGAAUCUACGUGCGUCAAAAUGUUGGUGAUGCUCAGAUUUCGGUGCGACAACUGAGAACAAUGGCCAGCAGUGAUGACGAUGACUGGUCAUUAGCCAACCGUGUCAUUCGAUUUGGUCGAAUACUACAUGGUACCAGACAGUAUUGGGCGACACAAAGAGCCAACUUACGCGCCAUGCAAGAAACGUUAGGAAUGCCCACGGUUUUCUUUACUCUCAGCGCAGCAGACCUACACUGGCCCGAGCUGUAUGAUCUGUUAAAGUAUUACAAACCUUAA